GCCAGCUGCGAUGAAGGCAGUUGAGGCCAGCCUCACUCAGGCAAUCUCUCACCAGUUCGACGAACUCCGUGCGAUGAUUGUCGACCUUGCCAGUCCACCACUGCCAAGUACCAAGCCCUCGAACAACUGGUUGAAGCGCUUGAACGGCUUCCGGAGCUGACUACCAUGACGAUAGAUAUGCCAAUCUCUCCACCAUCCAAGUCGAACGCACCAGCAUCGCCUCUGCUAGAGGAUAAGGAGAUGAUGAAGGCUGUCGUCCCUUAUGGCUCUAUCAUUCCGGCAGCCACAAUGGCGAUUCCGCAGCUUGGCAAGCAACCACUCGACGUUGAAUUUUCGUUGGUCAGCCGCCGUGGAAAUUACAUCAACUCAGAUCCCGACAGGCAGCUCGACGACAACUUCGGCGAUCAACAAGGCACCGACUUCUACACUACGCAUCAAAGGAAGUUGCCAAGCCAGGAUUUCUCGGACGAUUGUGACACUGGCCGGGCUGGGUUAGGCCAAUUUGGAGUCCAUAUGAGCCGAUUGGUUAUGGGUCAAAUCCCUCUAUCAAAUCUGCACAACCAAGGCUGACAAGACCAGUCCAGCGAGGUGAGCCAAACUCGAACCGAUAAUGGUUCGAUCCAAUGGACCAGCAUGAGUUGGAUCACGAUUCAACAAGGCAAACCAAAUAGGCUAAUUAUCGUUUCUACCAGGACCGCGUGACGGCGUUGUUAAAGCCAGGACAAGUGUAUUGCGUGGAACAAAGCUGGAAUGACUCAUAUGAAGAUGAACGUGAGUAUGAUGAUGACGGGUACUGGCCUCCGCCAAGACACUCCGACGAUUGCCACACUCCGCCAAUUAAGACAGUUGCACGAC